AUGUUAAUAUCAAUCAUCAUGAUUUAUAUAACAUCAUUCACCGUUAUUUAUGAUCAUUCAUCUUCUUUUUUCGCUUUUUUGACUAUUAAAUAUAUGCGUAUACAGUAUCUAAUGUGUACUCAUCUCGCCUUGGGAAGAAAUAAGAUUACGAUUGAGAGAAUCACAAAUGAAAGAAAUAGACAGGCAACUUUUACAAAGAGAAAAAAUGGUCUCAUAAAGAAAGCAAUGGAGCUAUCUAUUCUGUGUGACUGUGAUAUUGCUCUCAUCAUUUUUAGUAGUAACAAUAAAUUAUUCCAGUACUCUUCCAAAGACAUGGACAAAAUACUCAUUAGAUAUACCGAUAGUACUGACAAUUCAAGAAAAACCUUAACAAAUCAAGAUUAUAAAAGAAUUUUUGGAAAUAAGAAAUUAAAGACAGAGAAUGGAGAUGGUGAUGAUGACGAUGAUGAUUCACCAUUGGAGGAUUUGGGUGAGACUCCAACCACUCCCAAUUGUUCGUCAACCAAUCAGAGUCCGUUACACGUUGGAAACAACAAUAGCAACAAUAAUAAUAGCAAUAACAAUAAUAACAACAACAAUAGCCAUAGUCAAUCAUCCAAUUCAAAUCAACAAAGUAAUAGUAGUAAUCAAAUUUCCAGUUCAAACAAUAGUAUACCUUUUCAAUCGCUUGGCUCAAGCCAACAGCAUCCAUCGCAGAAUGGCUAUGUCAUGUUGAAUUCCGUACCACUUAUCCAACCAAAGUAUCAUCCCUACAGCAUGGAGGCAGACUUGGCACCAUUGACGCCACGAUCUGCCGCCGCCAAAUACAAAGGAUAUCCGAUGGCAGGCAUGGAGCUUCCACACAAGCAACCGUAUGGCGCGCCAACUCCACCCUCGCCACUGGUCGCCUCAAAAAAUGGAAUGAUGAAGGGACCACCACCUGGAAAUCACCCAUACCAUCCAUACUACUAUGAUUUCGCUGGCUAUCAAUAUAUGUACCAACAGAACGGACCGAUUCCCCCACAAUCGGGUGGUCCUGCUGGCGGUCCCCCAGGUGCCGGCUACAUGAAUCCCCAGAUGCUCUCCUACUACAACUCACUGCCACCUCAACAACAACAAAGUAUGCAACAUCUCCAGUAUGCACAACAACAACACGCUGCUCAUCACCACCACCAACAAGCUGCACAAGCACAGGCAGCUCAACAGCAGGCACAGGCACAGGCACACGCUCAACAGGCACAGGCACAAGCUCAGCAGGCUGCACAACAACAAGCACAGGCACAAGCGCAGGCACAGGCACAAGCUCAGGCUGCACAACAAACACAGGCACAUCACUUACAGAAUCCAGCAUUACAUUUAUCAUCGUCUCAACAUCCUUCGUCAUCACCACUGAUCCAUCCACACUCACACAUUCAAUCGCAAUCCAAUUCCAACUCUCCGCUAAUACAUCAUCAACCACAUCCAUAUUCUCAACAUCAACAACAACAUCUUCAAAAUACAAACGAAUCUUCCAGUCCACAUAUAAAUUUCAAUUCCAAAAACAACAACAACCAUAAUAAUAGUUCUAGUAGUAAAUCCAAUCAUCACAACAACAACAACCAUCACAAUAGUCAUCACAGUCAAUCAAAUGAACAUACACCAACACUUAACCCAUUUUCCAAACAUUCAACAGCAGCCAGUCCAUCUAAUAAUAUUCAACCACCUCCAUCUCUUUCAAUAAGUUCACAUAACAAUAACAGCAACAGCAACAGCAACAACAAUAACAACAGUAAUAGUAGUAGUUCAGCAUCAACACCACCAAUAUCACCAGCAGUCAAUUCACCCAGUGUCACCAUUUCACCUGCUUUAGUACCAGUAGUCACUUUGGAGGACGCCAACAAACCGAAACCCAAAAAAUCGUUGAGUGUUGUCAUCCCCGAGGCAUCACCUCCACCACCCCCGAAACCUCCAGUCGGCUAUGCCGGUCUUGGCAUCAUUCCUCGCGCUAUUGCGCCACUCAACCAAGAUCUCCCACCAAAGCCAGCGGACACCCCAACACUGCCGUCUCCACGUGACUUUUAUCCCGAUUCGAUGGUCGACAUGACCCCGAACGGAUCGUUUUUCCCUACACACUACCACUGGCCGAAACCUUCACCAAGUGGAGUCACCGGACUCACCACACCCAGUCCUUUUGAUAUCAUCUCAUUCGGAGCACUUCCAUCGCCUGGUGUUUUUGUUUUCCUUUGUUUCGAAGCUAUUAAUUAA